CACCCAUUUUAUACUCUCAGUACAGUAGAUGAGGCCCAUUCCCUCAAUCCCAAUUCGGGCUAAAAGAAUGGUGUUGGGCCCAACAGCGAGGUAGCCAGCAGGUAUGGAUAUUUCAUUUUCAAUUUUUUUUUUUUGUUUUUUUGGUAAAACCCGAAAACCUCUCUCUCUCUCUCUCUCGCUCUCACUGUGUCGACUCUCGAGAGUUCAGACAACUCUCCCUUAUUUAUCAUCUGCUUUUCUGUCUGUCUCGGCUCCAUUGCGGAGUCUCUUAUCUGAUUCAGUUCCCAUUUCCGUGAGCGAUUCUUCCUGGGGGUAUUCGCUUUCUGUCUCUAUGUAAUUCUCUUGCAGACAGGCUGAAAGUAGAGGGGCAUAUUAUCUUGCUAAUUGUACUGCUACGAUUAUCUGUCUGCAUAUGCGCUCUCUCGAUUUCUUUUCAUGGUUUUCUACUAUCAUAUAUCGCGCACCUGUUAUGGAGCAUGGCCUUUUUUUUUUUUGGUAUGGAGCAUUAUCAAAUUGAGUGACAAAGUGGUUGAAUGUGUCGGUUUGGAGCUUAUUUGGAACUUUCCCACAAAGCUGAAUAGGGAAGACAAAUAUGGAAAUUCAAUCCCUUGAGCAGCUAUACUCAGCCCAACAUAAUGUUGUUUAACGCGGAGAAUAAGUAUCCUACAAAACAGGUAAUGGAAGGCUAUGCCGCCGCCUUGAGAUUGACAUACAAGCAGGUCCGGGGAUGGUUAGUGGAGAGGAGAGAUAAUAGAGAAAAUGAACUGACUGUACAGUCGAAUUCUUUUCCGAUUAGGAGCCAUCAGAUUCUUAACAGACGGAAUGGGUCUGCCAAGAAUCUCUCGGUGCGGACCACGAAGAGUUUUUCGUCUUCGAAAUUCAAGCGUCCAUCUACGGCUGAGAACAGGAAUGCUACGAGAAAGAAAACGCGUUUUCUUAUUCAGUAUCUUUUAACUCCAGACUACAUUCCGAAGAAGGCGUUUCGCAAGGAUGGCCCUUCCCUGGGUUUGGAAUUUGACUCUCUUCCGUCGGGCGCGUUUUGCCGUCCUACAGAUAAUUGUCUACUGUAUCUCCUAGAGGACAAGCCAUCACUCUCAGAACUUCCAUUGCAUUCAUUUAACAUGAUAUGCAAUAUUAUAAACGCUACUUUUUUCGUAAUGAUAACCAUGAUGAACUGCAGUAGAGAAAAUGAUCAGGAGUUUGCUCGGACAAUACCUCAAUAAUUCAUUCCAACUUGAAGACGGUCUUUAGCCACAAUAAAAGCUUUAAAAUCUCGUCAUUAUACAUGUGGCAGGUGGCAUUGAUUCAAGCCAGUAUGUUUGCUCUGCUCUGUACAUGGCAAGCCAAGUGGAAUGGAGCUACUAUGGCUAACAUGUGCAUUACUCUCACCAUAUGACCUAUUCAUGUUAUGUUACAUUGAAUGAAUCUUGAUCUUCCUUUAUUAUUGUAGAAAUUAGAAUUUCUAGGCAAUUGAUUCGCAUUAUGACCGGUUCAAAAAGGUUCAUUCCACUAAAAUAUAGAUGUUCAUGGAUUGGUGAUCUGCUUCCAGAUUUUUGAGAUUGCAGCACAUAUACAUACAAAUACUCUGAGCACA